GCUGUUUCUUGGAGGGACCGUGAACGCGCGCUCAGCACUCAGUAGGCUACUAUUAAAUGGGCGGGCACUGAUGCGCGCUCACGUCUCCAGCAGCGCCGGUGGUUGUGGCGGUCACAUAAAAGUGCGCGUCCCUCCGGAUCGGAGCGCCGGGACAGACGCACUUCUCUUUCAGACCCGAGCGGAUCAGAGUGGGAGCAGCUUGUGGACACCGUGCGCCGGAUCCAGCAUCGCUGCUGGCAAAACAGACUUGUUUAACAGAUUGGUAAUGUGCUGCCUGAGAUCUGCUGCUGACACAACCUACAAUUAAAGAAAGCCAACCUUGGUAGCCUCCACCUUACCUUGACCAGCCUUGCGUGGGAUGUUGGAGAGUGGGAGAGCAGGAGUUGGAGUGUUUUGAUGCCUCUUGACAAUUAUAACAGGUGUGGCAUAGUCAGUCAUGGGGGACUCUAUCUUCAACUGCUGUUAUGUCCCACCCCAUCCCCCAGGCGAGGAGGAAGCCCUGCGAUCCAGACGCGCAGAAAACAUGGCCAAUUCCUCCCACAUCUCCUCUGACAAGCGCUUCCUCAUCUUCUUUGACUUCGAUGAGACCAUCGUGGAUGAGACCAGUGAUGACAUGGUGGUGCAGACCGCCCCGGGGCAGCACCUCCCGGGCUGGCUCAAGGACACCUACCAGCCGGGCCGCUACAACGAGUACAUGCAGCGCGUCCUGGCCUACCUGGCGGAGCAGGGCGUGACGGAGAGCGACAUCCGCACCAUCAUGGAGAAGAUCCCGGCCACGCCCGGCAUGCUCACCCUCUUCCAGUACCUCCGGACGCGGCCUCCGCAGGACUUCGAGGUUGUGCUGGUGUCCGACGCCAACACCUUCUUCAUCGAGUCCUGGCUCCGCCGCAACGGGGCGCGCCAGCUCUUCCACAGGAUCUUCACCAACCCGGGUACCUUCAACAAGGACGGGCGGCUGGUGCUGCGCCCUUUCCACUCCCACAACUGCCAGCGAUGCCCUGAAAACAUGUGCAAGCAGGUGAUCGUCAGGGACUAUGUGGCGCGCAGGACGCAGGAGCGCGGCCGGCCGUACCAGAGGGUCUUCUACCUUGGCGACGGUGCCAACGACUUCUGCCCCGCGCUCAUCUUGGGGCCCCGGGACGUGGCCUUCCCACGGCGGGACUUCCCCAUGCACCGGCUGAUCACGGAGACCCAUGAGGCAAUGCCAGGGGAUUUCAAGGCGGUCACAGUGCCGUGGGUCAGCGCGGAGGAGGUGGUGCAGCGACUGAGGAAGCUGGUGGCAGAGUAGAAGUGAAGCCAGGGUCUUAUUAUUAUCACACACUAGAGGAGAAAGGAGAUAAGGGGCCAGAAUAACCAUCAUAACACUCACACACACACGAGUUUAAUUCUCAGGUGAAAUCGCCCCUAGAAGCUGAUGCUCCCAUUCACCGCAAAAGGCUCCAAAAAGCCCAAACGUGUCUGCUCAGAGAACAAAACAGCAUUUAUCACUGCUCGGUUUGCCUUGGCUCUCUGCCAGCCCCAACCUGCGUCUCAGUCCAGCUUCUCACGUUUUGGUCCAGAGGUCAGUCUAUAGACACAGAGGCCCAGCAAAAACAUCACCAGGUUAAUUAUUGUGGAGCCGUCACCGAGGCUCAGUGCACCCAGACAGUGAUCCAGCCUGCAGAGCGGCGGAGGAGCAACAGCAAAGUGCAGUUAUUAAUUGAGUCAGUGAUAUGAAGUGAAUUCAUUUGGGAAAGUGAUUAUCCCCUUAUUAGCCAUAUGCUUUGAUGAGACAUUAAACCUCAUUGCUUUGUAUCAAAAGGAUAAUUGAGUCAGUGCAGGCAAUAAUCAUACUUGCCUUAAUAUAUUAAAAAUAAUUAAAAAAAAAAAAAAAAAAAAGAGACACACAAAAAA